CUUUUGUGGCCCAGGCCCUGCCUCCCGUCCCCCACCCCCAUCCUUUCCACGGUGGCCGGAGCGAGUCCCUCCCCUCGCCGCCCACCGGACCGGAGCAAACCAUGAACUCGUCGGCGGUCACCUGCUGCUGCCUCCCACCAAAACCCUCUCCUGGUGGCCCUCGCCUUAACAACAAGAGCAACGCAAAAAUAGGACGAAGGGACCUGGUGCUCAGGAGCAGCGAGCUCGCCACGCUCGCCGCCAUCUUCCACUUCAGCGGCACCAAGCCGAGCUACCUUGGCGUGCAGAAGAGCCCUCCAUCCCUUGCAUUGUGCCCGGCGACAAACAACUGCGUGUCCACGGCCGAGCGGAUCAGCGAUUCCAAUCACUACGCUCCCCCAUGGAAUUACAAUCCCAAGGAUGGUCCUAGGGGUAAACCCAUAAGCAAAGAUGAGGCCAUGAAAGAGCUCAUUGAAGUUGUGACGAACACAAAGCCUGACAACUUCAGUCCACGCAUAGUAGAGAAAGGAGACGACUAUGUCCGAGUUGAAUACGAGAGCCCUAUAUUUGGGUUUGUAGACGAUGUCGAGUUCUGGUUCCCUCCUGGCAACAAAUCAAUUGUUCAGUAUCGGUCAGCAUCUCGGUCAGGAUUCAUUGACUUCAAUGCAAACAAGAAGAGAGUAAAGGCGCUGAGAUUGGCACUGGAAAAGAAGGGCUGGGUUUCAGAAAACAGCUUCUGAAUAUGAGCUAGAACAGCUAUAAAUUGAUCAGUUGCCAAGCCAAAGCCAGGCCAGGAGGAAGAGCCAGGCGCACUCACUAUGCAACAAUGGAAUGGAGUCAAAAGGAGCACCCAUGCCAUUGAGGAGUCAAACCCAACAAAAUCUAGUGUACUCCUUCUCUUUUUUUUGACUGCCUAGUGUACUACUACCACUACUUUUGCUACUUAAUUGACUUAGUGCACUCGUACGACACUUGGUGGCUAGCUUUCGUCGACCAGGUGUCGAUCACGCAGGACUCCUGCGACAAAAAGAGUGCUCGAUAUAUAUUUAUUUUUCAAUAUCCAAGUGGCAAAACCAGAGCAAGAGCCAGCUAGGAUGCCAUGUCAUUGAAGUGGUUUCAUCUUUCA